CAUAUCAUAAUACAAAUACAGAACUUAUUUCACAUAUAGAUAGCGAUACAUGAAUGCUACUGAUACGCCCGGUUUUAAUGCUGUAAAAUUCCAAAGCUAUUUCACAUUCCAAAUACGACAAAACUGGCUGAAAUAUUAAUACAAAAUCACGAUUUAAAAAAAGAGAAUUCGACUGACAUCAUCUUUUUAAACAAACAUUACACAGUGCAGUCGGCAGAAUGUUUUGUGGAGAUUGGUGAGAACUUAAAAUGUGUUACUUUUGAUCAAAAAUGGUAGUACUUGAACAGUACUUGCAACUGUACGAGAAAGAGUCACAGCUGGUUUCUUAUGCGUGGAAGACAUUUCAUAUAUUUUUUUAUGUUGUCAUUGCUCUAAGUGGAAUUACUGCAAGUUCAGCUUUUAGUCUGGUACUUGUGAGUUUUGGUGGGAACUGUGUCUUGCACAGUAAUGUUACCUUCGUUAGUGGAAAAACUGACAAUUCAACAUCAUACCAAACUAUUGAUUGUGUCAAGACAGAAUGGGGAAGGCAAAGUGACUGCUCAUUUUGUCAGUAUGUGCCUGUUUGUUCAGUAAUAUUUUCAAUCGUAUGGAUAACGUUCUUUUUGAUGUGUGGAAAAGGAGGCAAAACAACUCGAGGAUUGUCUCAACCAUGGAGAAUUGUACUUCCAUCUCUGAUUUUCAACAUCACUUUUCUUGGACUUGCCCUGGCCGCAGCAUGUAAAUUACAAGAUGGCAUCAAUGUCUUUUGCAACUUCUUUCAGGAUGAUAUGGGUGAAACAAACUGUCAUGAUCUUACCAGAUAUCAACUGCUGGAAGGCAAUACAGGUCUGAUGACAUACCAGUACAUGAAGGCUGCCCAGAUAUCAGCAUGGAUAAAUGUGGCUGGCUGGUCAAUGAGUGUAAUAGUAUUGCUAAUGCGUUGCUUCUGUGCACCAGAUUUUCAGCUUAUUGAAAUUUCAAUUCUAGCUCCUACACCAGUACAAGAACAGCAUUUGUCAUGUAGCCAAGACAGUAUUGAACGUGGUUGUGAAGACAUACUUGGUCACAGUAACAUCAGACCUAAAGGAAGUCAAGCUUGAAUCCAUAGAUUUAUGUCAGCUUUCUAUAUGCACUCCAAAACUAAAGUUUCUUUGUCAGUUUUCAAUAUCUGUGUUCCAUUCAUCUAUAACACAACCAAAUGGAACACAAAGAUGACCGUCUACUGGGACAUUGCACCUGAGUCUCAUAGAAACUGACAUUUCAGAGAUGAUUAAUGUCUUCAUCACCAGUGCAGGAACCUCUGAGUUAUCAAGUCAAUUUCUAUCAGACUACAUGGUGCAACACCCCUAAUGACAGCUUAAUACUUCCUGUAAUGAGAACCUGAACUCUCACAAGCAGAAAUACACCUGCGAACAGCAUCAGAUUCACAUGAUCACCAAACUAAACGAGAACUUACAACAAGCUAGAAUAAAAUACAUUGUUCUUCACUGUAGUUUGUAAUAGAAACUCCAUAUUCACAUUUUUCACUGUGUGAUUACAUGUAAAGAGUAUCCCAAAAGUAGUGCCUCAUGUAUUUUGGAAAAAUUAUCUACUGUGAAGUCACAAUGGGUUCAAAGAAAACUUUAAAUUAAUAACAUUUCAAAAUCAUAUAGUUGGACUUGGACUAUAAAUAGAAAAACACAAUUGGAGCCACUGCUUUCAGGGAAACCCUUUUACAUUCAAUUGCAAAUCUGUUUGCAUAACGCACUACUUACAAAGCAAAGUUUCAUGUGAUAACUUAAUUUAACUCUGUUAUAGACAGAUAUAAUACUUGUCCCAUAAAAUGUAUUCAUCACCCAAGUUACCACUUUUCCUGCCUUUUAGUCUCAUUACUUCAUUUUUACAUUCUCAUCUCACUUGACUGUAUAUUCUGAUCAACUUUUAUCAGAACAUUCUUCAGAUUGCUCAUUCUUAGUGAUAUUACACUGCUCAUUAAACAUUACAUUUCUAACAUGCUCAUUUUAAGUAACAUUAAUUAUGCUCAUGUCAUACAUUUCAACAUGUACCCAUUAACCGUCAUCUCACUUGGAUACUAUUGUUGCGUACAAAUAUAAGAAAAUUGUACAUGUAAGCCAUCAAUUCACCUGUGUAACACAGCUGUACUGUGUCCCUUACCUGGCCACCUUAACCACUUCACAAAAUCUGAACAUGGUCACAUGCAAGUGUAGAGAAUUUUUUUUGCACAGGAGAAAUCUAUUCUGCUCAUUUAGGCAUAAUAUUCUUAUUCAAUAACAGAUAAUCCACAUAAGGUGGAACUGUCUUAUGGAGACAAAGAAGAAUCUUAUGUAAUCACUAUGUUCCUUACUCUGCUCAUGUACUGUGAGGACACUCAGUGGAUGUGCCACUAGGGCUAUGAAAUGUGACGACCAACACAAUGAUUGUACAUAAGGAAGGGCUGUCCUGCAUUGCUAGCACACCCACUAAAUAUCCUUACAAGUUCGCUCAUAUACUUAUCAGACUGCUCAUGUAAUCUUGACAUUCUACGUCUGCUCAUUCUUUAAUCGACACAUUUAGUUAUGACAUUAUUUAACAUGCCCACUUUCACUUGUCAUUCUGCAAUUGUAUCAUUAUUUAUUGUACUUAUAUAAGAUUAAUUCAUUUAGUCUUGCCCUUUUUUAAUGUGGCAUUUAUUUUCAUCUUAUACCAUGACAUUUUUAAACUUUCUUUGUUUCUUCUGGGUGACUGUUACACUGUACACAAUACUAAAUACAUCCAAUGGAUUGUUACUGAAUUUCCAAUAUGUACUUUUUAUUUUGUAAAACAUUUUAUGUAUUUAUAUGGUCUUCUUGGUGGUUGUGUAGAAGAUGGAAACAGUAUGUUCACAUGAAAAUUUGUUGGCUUCUUUACCUUUGUUGUUUGCACUGACAGUCCCAACCACAGAGGCAAAGAAGCCAUCUGGUAUAUAAUAUAACCAAAAUACUAGACAGUACAACAAUCCAGUAGACCACCAUUAAAGAAAUAUAUUUUAGUGUACUUUUAUCAUUCAGUUUUAGAAUUACAUGUUUUGACUCUGAAAUUGUGAAAUAUAUAACAAAUUUUAAUAUUAGUUAUAUGAGACAUGAUGAGGAACGCAAAAUAAAGUUAGUCAGACCACUUGGAAGACCUAGGUCUAGAUGAGAUGAUAAUAAUACGAUGGAUCUUACUGUAUUCAUCUGGCUCAGGAUAGGUUCCAACUGUGUGUGUUUAUGAAUGCAAUAAUGAAACUGUGGGUUUUGACAGCUGAGUAAUUCCUGUUUUUCUGUCUCAUGGAGACUCUUGAGUGAUAUAUCAGUGUUUUAGAAAGUAUUACUAAUCUGUUGUCUUGGUAACAUGCCAAGUGAAAAAAUAAUUGUUUACUAUGAACAUAAAUGUGUAUUUUAUCAUCAGUAUUGAGGUUACUUUAUAGUUAUGAAAAUUAUUUUUGCUGGUAUGCACAAUUUUUUAUGUCUAUACUUUUUCUCAGACACUUAAAUUAUUUUUAAAUAAGUAUUAUGUAAUCAAACCGACAAAUAUCUCUUAUUAAAAUAGGCAGUCAAGAGAAAGGGUUUUGCCUUUGCAUUUCGUAUUAAUACAUCAUGUAUUCAUGUCUAGUCUUGACAUAUGUAUUCCAUAGUUUUAUAUUGAGAUAUACAAUGCCUAUUACAUUGUAGAACCUGCUGUAGCAGAUAUAUAACUUCACAACUAUAAUUUUGCCAAGUAUUAUUGUAACCAUUUUAACAUGUAAAAGCAUUACUAUUUAAGAAGUUUCAGAUUUGUCUUUCUCUUAACAAUUCAACUAAUUUUGACAUUCAGUAUGUUACAUGCACGUUGUUAUGUACUGAUUAGUAAGCAAAGUAUGUUAAAUCCCUGUCAAAAAAUAAUUUAUGACAAGUAUCUUGUAACAGUUCAUUCAAAUCAUUUGUUUGCUUCAAAUGAGUAAGUCCACACCUGUAGAAAUGUAUGGUUGUAGACACAUAGUAUAUGUAUACAUAAUUAUGUUUAAAAUGUUAUAGAUGUGCCAAUGAUGUAAACAUUCCCUCCACCAUUGACAAUAUUGCAACUAUAUGUCAUGUAAAAGCAAGCUGCAUAAUAAAAACUAAAACCUGAAUGAA